CGGAGGACGAUGCAGCUGCCGCCCGCGCUGCACGCCCGCCUGGUGGCGGGCCCCGGGGCGGCGGAGCCGCUGCCCGUGGAGCGGGACCAGACCGCCGGGGCCGCGCCCUUCCGCUUCGCGGCGCGCUUGGUGCGCUUCCCGCGGGAGCACGAGUUCUUCGAGGACGGGGACGUGCAGCGACACCUCUACCUCCAGGACGUGCUCACGCAGGUGGCCGAGGCGCCCGAGAGGCCCAGGGUGCCCGAGUUCACCUGUCAGGUGGCGGGCUGCUCCCAGGCCUUCGACACCCUGGAGGACUAUGAGCACCACUACCACACCCUGCACAGGAACACGUGUUCCUUUUGCAAGCGGGCCUUCCCCUCGGGGCACCUGCUGGACAUCCACAUCCUGGAGUGGCACGACUCCUUGUUCCAGCUCCUGUCCGAGAGGCAGGACAUGUACCAGUGCUUGGUGGAAGGCUGUGCGGAGAAGUUCAGGACCAGCAAAGACAGGAAGGACCACCUGGUGAGGCGUCACCUCUACCCCGCGGACUUCCGCUUUGACAAGCCCAGGAAAAGCAGAGGCCCAGCGACGCCCACGGCCUUGCGGCAGGUGUCCGCAGAAGCCCCGGGGGACAACAGGGAGCAGUCCGAGGGGGAGGCCAUGGAAGUCUGCCCGGAGCCCGCGCCACCCGCCGCAGAGCCCACGGGGGAGAGGCGGACCUGCGGCCGCAGGAUACCGUCUACCAUCUGCUUUGGUCAAGGCGCAUCCCGAGGAUUUAAAAGCACCAAGAAAAGAAAUAAGCACCCGUGACGCCUGAGACCGAGGGAGAGGCUCGUGGGAGGCGGGACGGGCGCCCCCGUGGACGCGGUGUCCGUGGUGAGCUUGGUCUCCUGCCUCCUCGUGUGGCCGCCCAGGACUGGGCCUUUGCCACCUCUGUCGCCGCCCCUGAGGGACCGGCCGGAUGGCGCCAGCAGCCAGCGUCGGCGGCGAGGGACCGCGGGUUCCGGGGCGACCCGUGCCCUGGCCCGCCUCCCUCUGUGGGGGCCGCCCUGCAGACGCCCUUUUUAAAGCUAAUACUUUUCACAAAUGGUCUCUAGUCAUCUCUGUGUUGAAGUAGGCAGAGGAACGGGCGGUAAUCACACGCGAGCACUUUGUUUCCAGCGUCCAGUUG